AUGGCCCAUUCGGAAGAGUUGAAAUAUAGCGAGAAUACAAUUCCAUACAAAAACAUCCCUUCGAGGAACCACAAGGAAUGUUGCGUCCGCUGUAAAGUUUUCUCCAUGUACAAUCGCUUCGAUGUAAAUUACAUCGCCAAUAACGGAAUGACGCAUCUCCACGUGGCCUGCCACUUGGGCCGUGUAGACAUCGUCAGAAAAUGUUUGAUUCGCGGUGCGGAUCCCAAUAUCGUCUCGACCAUAAAGGGCUACUCGACGCUGCACUUCUUGUUGACGGCAAAGUGUAACUCUAAAACGACUUUACAACGCAGACAAUUGUUUAGUUUACUGAUGAAAAGCGGCGCUAAUCCAAAUUUAACCGAUGACAAAGGUAGGACUCCGCUGCACGUCGUUUGCAAGAAACCUGCAAAAUCCCCGGUGAACUCCAUUCAUCCGAGCUCCGAUUGGUUCUUGGCGAAGAUGAUAUUCUCGCUCUGCCACGAAAAAUACAAGCCAGUGCAAGUCAAUGCUCGCGAUAGGGAGGGCAACACACCGCUGCACUUGGCUCUAAAGACAGGAAAUAGAAUUAUGGUCCCAUGGCUGCUGAAGAAUGGCGCCGAUUCGAGCUUGCCCGACCCGGAUGGAGUAGUUCCCAAGGAUAUUAUAAGGGACGAGGACUUGGCGAAGAUAUUUCUCGAGAAAUGCGCUGUAAAACCAUCAUCGAGCUGA